AUGUUGACAAUAACAACACAAGACUACACCAUCCCCGACCCAGAACUCUCCGUCCUAGGCCGCUCCCAAUGCAACUCCCUCAAACAAAACCUCGUCCCCAAAAUCACCGGCCCCAACCCCGAGCUCGAAGUAGGCCUCGUCAUCGUCAGCCCCAUGCGCAGAACCAUCGAGACAGCCCUCCUAGCCUUUGGCGAUUUAGGCAUCCCCUUUGAAGCUCACGCCGGGUGGCAAGAAAACUCAACCCAACCCUGCGACACAGGCUCCCCCAUCCCCUCUCUAAAGUCUGAAUUCCCUCAGGUAAACUUUGACCAUGUCGACCCAGUCUAUCCCGACAAAACCUCCCCGUCUGGGAAAAAGUAUUUCAACACUAAACAAGCCAUCAUGGCCAGAGGGCAAGAGGUUCUCAGGGAUUUGAAACAACGAAAAGAAAAGGCGAUCAUCGUCGUGUCACAUUCGGGGUUUUUGCGAGCGGGAGUUACGGGGAGGUGGUACAUGAAUGCUGAUUACAGGGUGUUUGAUUUUGCGGAUGUGGACGAGGGAAAUGCGAAGAUCCAGGAGAGGGAGUGGACUGCCAAGGAGGGGGGUUUGGGGUGGAGUUUCGAGGAGAGGGUCGAGUUGGGGGAUGGGUUGGUGGAUGAGAUUGAGGAGCCGGUUUUGGAUUAGGUGAGACAGAUAGGAGGGUUUAUGAAUGGCAGUAAAAUGAAAUGGAUUCAGAGGGGUAUAGUUUUGGUCCUUUUUAGUGAGCGUCUAGGCACUGUUGAGCGAGCGUCCCAUCUCUAGGCCUUCGGCGUAGAUCCCAACUUUGCUGUCAAUGGCGAAACCUUCCUCGGCUAGCCUUCUGAUUUGGGAGUGUAGACUGGCAAGCGGGACCCAGAAUGGCUCGAUGAACUCGCCAUCUUCGAGUUCGGCGACGGGGGUCUGGUUUUCUGGUUUGCCCGUGUCGAUGGUGGCGUGGAUGAAGACUGUUUUGGCGCUGGGUGUUUGUUAGUAUUCUGUCUAUUCAUAUUGUAGAAAUAAACCUACGCCGAAGAUGCGGGUGCUGUUCAUUGUUAGCGUAUCCUUCUUCACAUAACAACAGUUAGAAGAAAAAAACUCACAUCCAAACAUCACAAUACUCCCCCCAACCUUGCCCAUCACCUCCCCGACAUACCCCGUCUCCUCUCUCAGCUCUCUCAGCGCACACGUCUCGAUGCUCUCGUU